ACCCUUUGCUCCCUGCUGACAGCUAUAAAGAAAAAGCCCUUCUGUGCCUUUUUUGAACUUUCCGUCUCACCAUGGCCAACACACGUGAACUCCUUUUUGCUGGAUUAUUGAUUCUUAUUACAGUGCAGUUGACUUUGUCCAUUUCAGAGGAGGAGCUGCAUGCCAGCUACUGGAACAACAAGGCAAGACAGACCCUUCACACUGCUCUGAAUGUUCAGCGGAGUCUUAAACAAGCCAAGAACGUCAUCCUCUUCCUGGGGGAUGGUAUGGGACUACCGACAGUGACUGCUGCCAGGAUCCUCAAAGGCCAGUUGGCAGGGAAAUCCGGGGAGGAGACCAGUCUGGUUAUGGAUACCUUUCCUCACGUGGCCUUGUCUAAGACGUACAAUGUGGACCAGCAGAUGCCAGACAGCGCUGGCACAGCCACAGCUUAUUUGUGUGGUGUGAAGGCCAAUUACGGAACCUUGGGUGUAACUGCCGCCACCCCGAGGAGCAACUGUGGGGCCACCUUUGGGAACGAAGUCGAAUCGGUUUUGAGCCGCGCUAAGAAAGCAGGAAAGUCUGUGGGAAUUGUGACUACAACCAGAGUGCAGCACGCCUCUCCUGGUGCAAACUACGCUCACACUGCCAACCGGGACUGGUAUUCUGACUCCGACCUCCCCCCUGAGGCAUUGCAAAAUGGCUGCCGGGACAUUGCUUUCCAGCUGGUUAAUAACACCGAGAUAAAUGUCAUUCUUGGUGGAGGUCGUGAGUACAUGUUUUCAAAGACCACUAGUGACCCUGAGUAUCCAACUAGAACAGGAGCCAGAAAUGAUGGGCUAAAUCUUGUUGAAGAGUGGUUAAGGACAAAAAAGAACGCCCGAUAUGUGUGGAACAAAGCAGAUUUUGAUGCUGUCAACCCUUCCAACACAGACUUCUUAAUGGGUCUCUUUGAGCCCAAAGACUGCCGUUACGAGUUGGAACGUGAUCCAUCCAUGGACCCUUCUCUUACAGAGAUGAUGGAGAAAGCAAUUCAUAUUCUCAGCAAGAACCCAAAGGGAUUUUACCUUUUUGUAGAAGGCGGAAGAAUCGACCAUGCUCACCACGGAGGUAUCGCCAAAAAAGCACUCUAUGAGACUGUGGAGUUUGACCGGGCCAUCGGGCGCGCAGCUGAACUCACCAGUGAGCUUGACACCCUGACUGUGGUCACUGCAGACCACUCCCACGUCUUUGCCUUCGGAGGGAAUUCUGCAAGGGGAAACCCUGUUUUAGGGGUUUCCAGGUCAAAAGCUAACGACAAAAAGAACUUCACCACUGCUGUGUAUGGAAAUGGACCAGGAUACCGGAAUGGAACUCGCCCUGAUAUGAAUGAGGACAUUUCAUCGGGUAAUGAUUACCUUCAGCAGGCUCCUGUGCCUCUGGACUCAGAGACCCAUGGCAUAGAAGAUGUAGCCAUCUUUGCCAAAGGUCCCAUGUCACAUCUUUUCCACGGUGUCCAUGAGCAGAACUACAUUGCCCACGUUACUGCUUAUGCUGCUUGCCUGGAGCCCUACGAGAACUGUGAUCUGCCCCCACCCAGCCGAGCUGGAGCCAUCCACCCCAGCCUCCUGCUCCUUCUGAUGGGAUUCCUUCUCCUCUCCCUCUCUUUGCUGGAUUAGUCCUGACC